AUGCUAAGUUUAUUAAUGUUACUGCUGGCCAUGAUGACUUCUGUAACGGCAACUAGCGGCAACAAACAGUCCGCACAAACCACGGUACAAUUUUUUAAAACAACUUUUGAGCAACUUUCGCUACAAAAAAAAAACUUGUGACUUUCUUUGAGGAGCUUUUGGGCAACUUUUUGAGAAAUUAAGGGAUUUUUGGGGGGAAAUCUCGAGCAACUUGCGGAAAGCUCUCAGGACGCUACGCCACUGACAUUUGACAAUAAAGACGUGAUGAUGUAGAGGAGAAGAUAACAUCUAUUUAAAAAGCAGGCAGGAAAAGCGAACACAUGAAAAUAAAAAAAUAUUUUUUAUAAUUUUUACUAGUUUCUUGUUUGAAACUAGCAAUCUCCAUCGUUUUGUUUUGGUGGUUGUGGCAUUCCCGGCAUGCCCGGCAAGCAUGGUACUCCUGGGGCACCAGGCCGCGACGGUCGUGACGGACGUGAUGGCCGUGAUAGAGCUAAAGGCGAUCAAGGAUUGCAGGGAAAGACUGGACCUCAGGGACCUCCUGGUGAUAAGGGACCUGCUGGUGUAAAGGGAGAGGAAGGGGCUAAAGGAGAAACUGGAGCCCAAGGUCUUCCCAGUCAAAUAUGGGAACUUGGCCCGAUGCCGUUUAAGAAUUGGAAAGAAUGUGUCUGGAAAAACUUGAAUGAUGGAAAGGAUAAUGGUCUGAUCAAGGUGCGAUUGAUCAGCAUACAGUUAUCAAAUUUACACCCAACGUAGAGCAUGCAGCAGCCAUUUCCCAAAAGGCCUUUUGCUUGCCCAGUGCAGAUACCAACAAACAGCUUUUGGCUUCUGGUAUGCUCUGUUAUAAAACCACAUCCUCUAUAUAGCGGCCCAGUUACACACGUAGGCUUGUAUAAAUUUUGUCGGCAGAAUUUCGAGUGCAUGAGGUACUCUUUCCAGCAUUGCCAAUGGUUGGUCAUAUCAAAACUUGAAAAAAACUGUGAAAAUGAAAAUAUUAAUCGCAAAAUAAGAUUAAUAUAGGAAUGAAAGAUUCCGUUUGAAUUAAUCCGAGCAAUGUUGAACAAAAUCAGGCGAUGAUUAGCCGGCGUGGCAGAUGUUUGAAAGGGAGGGGGAGCGGAAUUCCGGGCGCGCGAUAAGCGCUAAAGUCAGUUCCUUACGCAGUCUCGCUUCCAAGUUCCCUUCGCCUUCCCUUACGGACGCCUGUCACCCAGGCUGUGCAAUAAGAUACAAUUUCGCUAUGCCUCAAUGAGAGCUAUGUCCUUGUUCCCUGCCAUGUGUGCAAAGUUCAAAAUGCCCGAAGGCCUGAAAUUUUUUUCCCGAUAUCCAGCACAGGUUAGCUACUUACUUAGGUGGGGCAUAAGACUACAAAAAUCUAACGCUGUCUGGGCCUAAUUCCUCUCCUCCAUUAAUUCCUUCUUUAAGGUCCUUGUUCAGAUCGUAUUUCGGUCUGCCCGGUUCUCUUUCUCAAGUAUGUGGCGCGUGCCUUCUUUGGGGGUUGGGCGUAGGGUUAACUACUCCGCACCGUAAAAUAAGAUGCAGUUACAAAAACUACGGCGACAAUCAGAAUUCAGGUGUCUGAGCAGAAUUAGUAAACUGAAGCAAUUCUUACGAGCGCUGCCGACAGGUAGAAUAAUCUAUUUAAAGUUCAAGCAGAAUUUUUACUUAGCCUACUGUAGCCAAAAUUGUCGGUAAAUCACUUCGGAAACUUUACUACGUGGUCGCCUGUCCAUUGUUCGAAGAGGGCCAUUUAGUAGUUCUACCGUGUAUAGCUGAUCAGCAACUGCUGCGGACCGGCUUUGCAACUAGGUACUUGGGCUUACACGUUAAAAGCCAGUGUCUGGUCAAGGAGCAGUUAGUCUCUUUGUGUGCAGUUAAUUGUGCUGUUAUUCAUACAGCAAAUAGCUUGCUCAGUCCAGGCGUUCAGAUAGUGGAGUGCGGCGCGAAGUAAUAGAGCGGGAAAGAUAUGCAGGAAGAGAGGGAAAGGGAGUAGUCAAAUGCCUCUCCCAAAGAAGAAAUAUUUCAGAUUAUAUGGUGUGCAAAUUAAUGUUUAGCAAAUGUUUCGGACGCCUAAAAGUAAGUCGGGCUUAUAUCUUCCAGUGAUAAUAUACUUUAUAUUAAAAAAGGGAGGGAAAUUAGGGUCAUGUAACAAAAAUGCAUACACGUAACUAUUGAAGUCCUUGUCGAUCGAUCCAUUUGUUUACAAAAGAUGUAUCUUAAACAACUUUAAACUUUUUAAGUCUUCCAUCUAAUUAUGAGAAAGAUCGUAUAUAUCGAACUACGUUGUCAGACACCGGACCUUAAGAAAAGUUAAACUUGAGGCUUGCAGUUCAAAUUCUCCAUCCCCUGGCACAAGUGAUGGUCAAAUACCCGGGGUUUGCAGGGGAAUGUUAAGGUUUCGAAUUGGUCGGCGCAUACGACUUCCAGCAACCAAUACGCGUGACAUCUGGAAUGUCAAAGAUCUAGGUGAAAACGGUCUCUAACGCUGGAUGAGAGAUUGGGGAGGCAGUGGGGAGGGGAGGACAAUUAACGGGAGUCACCGUAUCUACGGGUUGCGGUGACAGGGGUCCGCACUUUAAAACCUAAAUGUGCUUGAUGAUGGUGGAUCUAUGCCUAGCCAGCAAAAUCUUGUAGAGCAAAUUAAGAAAUGGACAAAGCAAGGCUGACUACAGCGCUAGUAGAUUAUAUUACUCCCUUUUUCCACAAAAGGAUAAAUUCAACGUGCCUCUACAUUUAUCAACUGAUUUAUUUGUCUAUCCACAACGACCGCAGCCAAUAUUGCGCACUAGGCCAUGUAGGCAGUUGCUAUUAGAUGUAAACUAGAUCUAGGUAUUAGAUGUCAUGGAACAUCUGUUGCCUGGCCUCUUCAUUAUCAGAUUUUCUGUCAAAUUUUUGUAUUUUUUGCAGGACUGUGUUUUCACCAAAAACUUUUCUGAUACUGCCCUUCAUGUUUACUGGACGGGUGCAUUAAGAAUUCAACACUGCAAUAGCUGCUGCAAACGUUGGUACUUCACUUUCAAUGGCGCUGAGUGUUCUGCUUCUCUGCCGAUUGACGGAAUUGUCUUCAUGAAGACAGGCGGUAAUAAAAAUCUCCAUCGUGUCCGCCAUAUUGAGGAGCACUGUAAUAACAUCCACAAAGGAAAGGUGCGCGUGGGAUUCUGGAUCGGCAACUGCGCCUCAUUUGGAAAUGUUGAUGGCUACACAGGCUGCAACUCAGUGUCCCGUAUGUUUGUUGAAGAGGUUCCUAAAGCUCAAGCUUAA